AGUAUUUCUUAAUGAAUAUCAAUAUAAAAUCUUAGAUCAAAUACUAACAAGAAAUGAUUUUAAACUUUGGUCACAUUUCCUUGAAGGUGAUUGUUUUGUAAAAUUUAUUAAAAAUAAUAAUAAUAAUAAUAGUGAAGAUCACCAAUCUAUAAAUGAAACUCAUGAGGAAGACGAAGAGACAAAAGAGAAAAAUGGUAGUCAAGAUGAGAAAGAAAAUGAAGUUGAAGAACCGGAGAUUCAAUUUGAGGAAGGGUCAAAAAAUAUUAAGAUGUUGGCUUUACAUAUACGGUAUUUACUAUGGGAAAAGGCUAUUGAUUAUUAUUAUAAUGCAAAGGAUUUAGAUGAAUCUAUUGAUAAUAUAGAAGAAGUAUCCGAUGACUUUGAAUUGAUAGAUAAUCUUGAUGAACUACCUCUAGAUGAUGGUGAGAAAAAUAAUGAUAAGACAGAAGUCACAGAGAAAGAAUCUGCUCCUGUUAAAGUAAGAGAAGAAGAGGAUGAUUAUGAUGAUGAUGAUGAUGACGAUGAAGACGGAGAAAAGGAAGGAGAAGAAAACAAGAAGAAGGAAGAAGAAACCAAAGAUGUGGAUAUGAUUGAUGGAGAAGAUAAGCCUGACUUACAAUAUAAUGAUGAAAAUCAAGUCAUUUUAGAAAUACCGAUAGGAAUAUUUAAAUCUGUCACUUCAAACAACAAUAAUAACAAUAAUAAUAACUCACAAGAUUCUUCCAGUAAUGAUUCACAAACAACUCCAGAAAAUUCUCAUAUAAAUCAUAAUAAUUCUAAUAAUUCUAAUAAUUCCAAUAAUAAUAUUAAAGAUAUUACAGCCAUAGAAGAUCAAGAUAAAUUGAUUCGAGAAUUUAACAAAGUAUAUCAUAAUUUUGAAUAUGAUCGAGAAACAUUAAUUAAACGUAGAAAAUUAGAGAAAUCAGAUUUACAACUUGAAGAUUCUAAGAAUAAUCAAGGUGAUAAUGAAAAUAAUAAUAAUAAUGGAAAUUCAUCUAGUUUAGAUGAACCAAUGGCAGGCAUAAAUUUAGGCGCAGGUAGCACAAGUCUUCAACAUUUAUUAAAUACAAUUAAACUGAAAAGAGAUGAUGUUCCAUUAAAUGAUCAUGAAUUAAGAUCACUUUUUAUGGAUGUAAGAAAAAAUCGAGGUAAAUGGGCAAGCAAUGAAAGAGUUGGUCAAGAAGAAUUAUAUGAAGCUUGUGAAAAAGUUGUUCUGGAAUUAAGAGGUUAUACUGAACAUUCAACACCAUUUUUAAAUAAAGUUUCUAAAAGAGAAGCUCCAAAUUAUGGACUUAUAAUUAAAAAGCCAAUGGAUCUUAAUACAGUUAUGAAGAAAUUAAAAGGAUUUUCAUAUAAUUCUAAACAAGAAUUUGUUGAUGAUUUAUUAUUAAUUUGGUCUAAUUGUUUAACUUAUAAUGCAGAUCCAAAACAUUUUAUGAGAACUCAUGCGGUUGCAAUGCAAAAGAAAACUUUAAAAUUAAUUCCUACAAUUCCCAAUAUAACUAUUAGAAAUCGUAGUGAUAUUGAAAAGGAAGAAGAAUUAGAAGAAGAAAAAAAUGGUGGUAGUACUCCAAGUGCAAGUGGGAAAUCAAUGAAAAAGGGUAGAAAAAGAUCACGACCUGAUCAAGUUAAAUCAGAAGCUACUGAACCAGGAACUCCAAUGUCAUUAGCACCAUCUGUAGUUGAUUCUCCUAAUGUUGGAGGUUCUGAAACUCCUGGUACUGAAAUUUUACCUUCUGCAACUGGGAAUACUACUAAUGCAGAAGAUGAAGAUGAAGAUGAAGAGGAUAAUGAUAAUUUAAAUGGUGAUGCAAAUGGAGUAACUGAAGAAGAAGAUGAAUUUGAUCCUGAAUUAUUAGCAUGGAGAUCAUUAACUGCCAAAUCAAGAGCUAAUUAUUGUUCACAACGAGCAGAAUUAUUUGAUGAAAAUUAUCAUCUUAAACCUGAAGCAGCUGCUAUUAUAAGGCAAUCAAAUGAAAUGAAAAAUUUUAAUCAAUAUUUAAGUAAUAAAGAAGUAAUUUCAAAAACUCAAAGUCUUUUAGAAAAUGAUGAACCUUAUUUAUUAGAAUAUGAUUUAACUGGAGGAAUUCCGGGAUUUAAAUAUAGUGGAAUUGAUAAAGAAACAGAAGAAAAGAAUGAACAAAAACUUGCUGAUGUAUUAUUACAACAAGUUAAUGGAGAUGCAUCUAAAUUAAAAUCUUCAUUUGUAUUACCAACUGAUAAAGGAUUAAAUAAAGUAUAUUUUCAAAAUAUUCAUGAAAUUCAAGAAAUUAGAAAGAUUUGUUUUAAAAUAUCACUUAUACGUCAAAUGCAAACUCAACAAUUUGUUCAUCAUACACAAAUGAAGCAACCAGAAAUUGAAUCUAUAAGAGAAGUUGAUGUUGAUAAUGCAUCUAAAUUACCUAAUCAUGAUUCUUAUAAUAAUCAAAUUCAAUUUGCUGUAUUAAGAAGAAAUGUUAGUAAGAUUGCCAUGCAAACCGGAUUUGAAAAGACUGAACCAUUUGCAGUUAAUACACUUACUCAAUUAGCUGAAACUUAUAUGAGUAAUUUAAUUAAAUCACUUAAAUUACAUACUGAAUCAAAUUCUUCAAAUAAACUUGAUGAUACUUCAAUUUUAUUAUUAUCAUUAUUAGAAAAUGGAGUUAAUAAACCUGAUGAUUUAUAUACUUAUGUUCAAGAAAGAAUAAUUCGACUGCAAGAAAAACUUAAAGAUCUUCGAAAUAAAUUAUCUAAUUUUUUAAAAGAAUUAUUAAGACCAGGAUUAGAAAAUUUUAAUGAAAGAAGUUUUGAAGAUAAUAGUGAACAAUUUAUGACUGGAGAUUUUUCAAAUGAUUUAGGUGAUGAUUUUUUUGGAUUCAAAGAAUUAGGAUUAGAUAAAGAAUUUAAUAUGCUUAGUACAUCAAUUCCAAUUUAUUUAUUACAUGCAAGAUUGAAUAAUUCUUAUAGUUCAAAUGGUGGAGCAAGUAAACGUUAUAAAUAUGAAGAUUUACAAGAAUAUAUUCCAUCAUAUUUAACGGCAGCAGAUGUUGAUAAACAAAUUAAAUUAUUAAGACCAUUUUAUAGUAAAUUAAAUGAGAAAUCUAAAGCUCAUUAUAUUAAAUUACAGAAAAAGAAAGGUGAACCAGCAGAUUUACCUGAUGAUAAUUCAUUAUUAUUAAUUGAAGAUGAAGAAUUACCUCAAAAGCAAAGAAAUAUUCGACCAAGAUUACCACCUACUGGUAAAAUUACUGCUAUUAAAAAGAAAAUUAUUGCAAAUUCAUUCUUUUUACCGGAUCUGGAUGAAGAUCUGGAAGGAAUUGUACCUGUAGAUGAUAGAUUAAAUGAUUUAGGAGAUUUUAGUACCCCGGAAUUGCUGGGGACCGAUAUUAGAUCGCCUAUGAAAUCUCAUCCGACCGUUAAAUCGGAAGCUUAAUCAUACUAUAUAGACACUACGAUAUACACGACAUACCAUAUAUACGUAUAAAUAUAUAAAUACAUAUAUCAUAUAUAACAUAUGUAUGUAUAUAACAUAUAUAAUAUAUACAUACACACGUAUAUACAUAAACACGUAU